UAGAUUGAUAACAAAUGGCGGCCUAGGAUGGCACGCUAAGUAUUGUUCGACAAUAUUUUUUAUGCACUUUUGUGCAUUACACGCGUACAUAAUUUUGAAGUAAUUGUGCCAAGCCAUGUAUGAUGAAAACAGGAGCAGUUUAGAAGCAGCAGCAGAGGCUGCAGCCAAAGUUAACGCUAUGUUGAUUGCCAAGGGAAAACUGAGGCCUUCUCAGGUCAACCAGAAUCAGUCAAACAGAAAGAGUAGUUCUUCAAACUUGGUAAUUGCUGAGGUUGACAUUAAUGAUGUACCAAUUGGAUGCAGGAAUAUGCUUACAAGAGGAUCAACGCAAGAGGAGAUAUCCAAGAUGAGUGGAUCCGCUGUCUCUACAAGGGGUCGAUACAUGACCAUGGACGAACGCGUUAGAAACCCAGGGGAAAGAGCGUUGUAUCUUUGUGUGCAGGGACCAAACCAAGAAGCUGUUGAUUUGGCUGUAAAGAGAAUAAAUGAAAUUAUCCAGAAUGGAAUGAAGCAAAGAGGGUCUCGAUUCUCACCAGCUGUGCGACCCCCAAUGAAUUUGCCAGGACCCCGUCAAGGGGUACCAAUGCAUCAGCCACCCCCUCUUAUGUCUAUUGGACCUCAGCCACCGGGACCCCAGGUGACUGUGAUCCAGGAGAAGCUGUAUAUUGGUCUGGAACAUGCUCCCCCAUCUUUUGAUGUGAAGAACAAGAUCCUGGGAGUUGGGGGCUCCUUCUUACAACACAUCAUGAAUGAGACUGGAGCGAAGGUAACACUGAGAGGGAAGGGAUCGUGUUUUCUGGACCCGGCAAGAGAGAGAGAAGUCUUUGAACCAAUGCAUGUACACAUACAACACACAUCAAUGGUGGGACUACAGCAAGCGAAGCAGCUGGCGGAAAAUCUCAUUCAAACAGUGCAGCAGGAGUAUGCCUCUUUUCAACAAGCUCUAGCUGCGAUGCCCACCCAAGUUAAUCCAGGAACAGCCGCCUUGUUUGCUGGCAUUCAGCAGACUUCACUGCCAGGGAACACCUUGUUUACCCAUCAGCCAGGCAUCACCACCUUCUCUCACCUGCAACAACAGCCUCUUGCACAGGUUGCUGCACCAGGAGUGCAACAGAUCGGACACCACCCGGGGAUGAUGGCUCCUCACAUGAUUCCCGUGUCCACCCCAACAUCAGUGGUGAUGUCAGGAGCGUCACUUAACUCUACCCUCACCAACCUCACACCUAGUGCUCUCAUCACUCCAGCUCCAGGGUUGACAGUGUCAUCUGGAGGUCCUGCCUUAGUGUUGCCAACUUCCCUGGCUCCUGUUCCAGUUGUUACAUCCAUGCCUGUUUCUGCCACGCCAAUUGUUGCCGCAGGUCCCCCUGCCCCAACAACAGUCAGCUCCCAGAUGGAAGCUGCAGCAGCGGUGGUGAGUGCUGGGCUCCUCCCCAACACCAGUUUGCCCCCGCCCAUGCUGCAGGCCCAAGCUGUGCCCACACCCAGCACAUAUGAUGUACCCAUCACUGAAAGCCAGUUCCUAGGAGCUGCAGCAGUCAAUGGUGGUCAGCCAACACACGUGAUAUUAAGUCAGCCACCACAACCCGUCACAGUGCAGGUAGCUGCACCACAGCUGGCCACACCCCUUGGAGGCCCUGGACAGGUAGCUACAUCUCUGGGAGGGACAGCUUUAGCACCAGGGGCAGCUCCUCUCGGCCCUGCAGGUGGCCCUUUAGGACCUGGAGUGCAGCUGAUGACACAGACUGGCCUGCCCCCUCCAGGAAUACCUCCACCUGCAGGACCACCCAUAGGUCAGCCACAGCCUCAUCAACCCUUCUACACACAGUAUGGCCCAGUGAGUAGUGGCCAGCCAUACUGUAUGGUGACAUCUCCCAUGAUGUGUAGCUCUCCAGCAGCGACAUACACAGUAGCAACGUCAGGCUAUUCCUACAGUGUCCCAUUGAAAGAGGAACCACAUAAGCGAAGGUUCACAGAAGAAAAACAGGAGGAGAAGAUUCCAGAAAACUUGCUGGGCUACCAGCAUGGACCCCCUCACCUGACUAACCUGAUGACAUCGGGCCCACCCCCUCCAGCCACCAUGGUGUCUGCAGCACUGCCCAUAGGACAGGCCUUCCCCCCCACUUCACUGUCAGAUGAUGGCCGACCAUACACAAGUCAGGCCAAUAAUGGAGUGGUAAUGGCGCCUCCCCCAACAUCGGUGCAUGACAGACCCGAGGCUGACAAACAUCUUAUGCCACCUCCUGGAGUUAAAGGUGUUAAACGCAGUCAUUCGGGGCAAGGAACACCAGACACAGAGAAGAAAUCCAAAACUAACUUAGGUUAUGAAGAAGAUGGUGAUGAAAACAAACGUAGAGGCACACAACCACCACCUCCACCACCACCAGAUGUUGAGAGGGAACAUGCAGAAUUGCUGGAACAGGAACAUCGAGAACACUUGGAACGAGAGCGGGAACAGAGAGACUUCUACAAUCCUCACUUUCCUGGUGGGAAGCCUCAGUCGUUCCGAUCUGGUUCUCCACAAGGCCCUCCUCGACAAUCUCCUCCAGCUCCUCCUCCUCCACACUUUGAGCAGAUCAACCAGCAACAGAUUUCCCCUUUUGAACAAUAUACUCAGAACCCACAGGAACAGUUUGGUCAAGCUGGGCAACCCCCUCCACCACAGUUUGAACAGUAUCCUCCCCCUCCCCAGCAGUUCCACCAUCAGCAACAGAUUCCUACCUUCUCCGUCUCCACAUCCCAGAGUAUGCCUCACUUCCACCAAUCACCUCCAAGUCCACAGCCACCUUAUUCACAGGCACCUAACAUCCGGCCCCCAGAGGCCCAGAUGAUUAUAAGCCAGCACAGUCAAAUCCAGCCCCCACCACCGCCUUCUCAGCAGAGUCAAGGACUACAGCCCCAGUUCCAGAGCAACCAACCCUUCCCUCCUAUGCCACAAAAUGGUUAUUCGCAACAGUUUGUUAGCCAGCAGUCCCAGCCUCCUUUGCCGCCUCCCCCACCCCCACCACCACAGUCCCAGUUCCCACCCCCGGGGAUGCAGUAUUGGGUAUGAAAAAAUUGAAGAGGAUGACAAUUGUUUGUCUGGAUCUAACUGUGUUGACCUGAAGAUGUUCCAAGACAAGAGUGCCUGUGCUAUGUGUGAUUGUUUAACCACUACAGUAUGUGAACUGUUUCAGCAUUGUGCAGAAUACUGUGAAUGUGUACAUACCUGUGUACACAUAAUGUCUUACAGCAUUGUGUGUUGUGUGACUCUGUCAUACCUUAUAUUGAUGCUUUAUAAGUAUCAAGUAGUGCUUGCAGGGGAUAAAUAGACAAUUCAAUUUUAAUACAAAAUUUGCAACCUGAUUUAUUGAUGAAUUGGUGGCUGAGGUUUGUUUCAUUUUUAGAACUGAAACUACAAGUUCUGUAUGCAAAUACUGAUUACAUGUAUCAAAGUGUAUAUAUAUGAUGUGAUGGUUGUAUGAUAUGAUUUGACUUCCAAUAAACUACUUUUUCAGCUGUA